AUGCUGGCAAAACGUCUGGGAAUGUACAAAGUCCACGGUCCGACUCUAGAAAUUUUCAUGUAUACUUUGUACUCAGAAGAAGGUUCGUUCCUCCAGGUCGCCUUGACGAUAGGACCAAGUUCCGAAAGCAAAGUCAAGCAACUUCCAAGUCAAAUGAUGUUGGUACCUGGAAGUGGCAACAUCGAUCAGAAGGUAUUUUGGAUGCGCGCCAAGCGAGUAGUAACCAUCGGAAACAGGUGA